ACAUUUAGUUGAGGGGGGAAACGCAUCUCAUCUCAUCGUUUAUAACCUGAACAGGCAGGAACAGGCAGAGCUCAGUCACUGGAAGACAUGGAGGCAGACAAGAACAACACGGUUCUCAGAGAAGGAUUCCUGGUGAAGAGGGGUCAUAUUGUGCCCAACUGGAAGGCUCGCUGGUUUGUGCUGAAGCCAGACAAGCUGCUGUAUUAUAAAUACGAAGGAGGCAGGAGAGACUCGUGCCAGCGAGGGAAGAUCCCGCUGAAGGACUGUGUGCUGACUUGUCCUUUUCUGGAAUAUGAAAAUCGUCCGCUGGUGUUGAAGCUCCAGACAGCGAACGGGGGGGCUCAUUUCCUGGAGGCCUGUUCCCGAGAGGAGCGAGACGAGUGGGCCGCUGACAUCACGGCCGCCGGCCUCGAGCUGAGCCCUUCUGACGGAGGGAAGGUGACGAACCAGCAGGAGCCUGCUUCUCCACGGCUACACAACAUAGACCUCAGUAAAGUGCUGGACUCCAUGUACGACGUCCACAGUGGAAUCAAGAUGAGCAGCCACAUGGAGCAGGGCAGCACCUACAGCAACUGCUUCUCAGGUUCAGCCGUGGUGGACUGGCUGGUGUUCAUUCAGCUGGCUGGGACCCGUGUGGACGCCGUGACGCUGGCCUCGGCCCUGCAGGAGGAGGGUUACCUGCGGCCGGUGGGAAUAAAGAGCGUGGAGGCCCUCCGCACCGCCGGCCUCACCCAGCAGUUCAUGGACGACUCCACUGCGCUGUACGGCUUUUCCGACAGCUUGAAGAAGCGAGGCAGCGUGAAGGCCGAGACGUCUGCAGUCGAGCUGAGUGGGAAAGUGGUAAAGAGAGGAUAUCUGCUCAAACAGGGUCACCGAAGGAAGAACUGGAAGGUGCGAAUGUUUGUGCUGCGUUCAGAACCAGCGUUCCUUCACUACUAUGACCCCACCAAGGAUGAGCUCAGCCCCGCCGGAGGCUUCUCUCUGCGCAGCUGCCUGGUGUCGUCUCUGAACGAUAACGGAGUUCCCUCAGGUGUGAGCGGAAACAUUCAAGGAAACCUGUUUAAAAUCAUCACUCAGGGCGAAACACAUUACUUCAUCCAGGCUCCGACCAAUCAGGAGAAGAUGGACUGGAUAGACGCCAUCAGGCAGCAGACGUAGACUUCAGCCUUUCAACAUUUCAACAUUUCAACCAGACUUUCAUCUGUUCUGAAGAAAACUGAAAUUACACAUUCCAUGAAUGUACUGUAGCGCCAAACUGGGACCGAGAUUUUAAAUGACAUCACACGUCUGUGGAUCUAAUCUCCUCCCAAACAAAUUAGAAAUUAAAUAAACAGAUUAUCCUAUAUUUAAAACUUUGUACAAGAAAAAAAUGUAAUUAAAAGUCAAACAAGUGUAGCAAUUUUUUUGUGAUUUAACUUAAAAGUUUUCAUGUGUUUUCAUAUGUAUUACAAAUUUAAAAAAAUAUAUUAUU